AUGGAGACACGGUCCCUGAGAGGGGAGAGGGACCCGGGCCUGCGGCGGGAGGGGCCCCGAGGGGCGGCGGGCCGGGCCGGAGGCGGCGGGCCCCGGCGGGGCGGGCCCUUGCGGGCGGCAGACGGCGGAGACAGAGGCGGGACACCCGGGCGGGGGGUCGGGCCGGCGCAGGACACUGGGGCGCAGGGAGGGGGCGGCUGGAGGACCCGGACCCUCGAGAACCGGGCCUUGGGUUUGGACCCGGGCGGCGAGAGAGGAGGGGCAGAAGAGGCCGAGGAGACAGGCGCGCGGCGGACGCGAGAGAAGGACACGGGCGAAGCGCCCAAGACGUUCUUUCCCGGGGUCGCCGAGCCCUCCUUCUCCUUCGCCUGGCACGGCAGCACCGCGGGACCGGGGGCAGUGCGGGGACGCGGGAGUCUGGGCUGCCGCGGACCUCAACUGUUGCUGCUGGUAGUCGCCGGGGCGGAGGGCGGGGAACAGGGCCGGGAGAGGGGCCGGGGCUGGGAUCGACCAGAGCGAGGGGCUGAGAAGGCGAGAGGGAGUGAGAAGGGAGUGAGAAGGCGAAAGGGGGCUGUGCGGUUCCCCAGCCUGGUGCCCUGGUUUCCCCAGGUCUGCUGGGCACCUGCUGCGCACCUGCCUCCGCGCCCGGACCCCUUCCCCCGCCGCGAGUCCGGGUUCUUCCCCUACAGCUCUGCCCCCUCUCUGCCCCAGCCUAGCGCUCUCCUCCCUGCGACCUGGGAGAAUCGGAGUGGCUUCCAGGGUAGUGGCCUCUUGCAGAUGCUGGCCCGUGCUCGGGUCCCGGGCUUCCAGAGCGCGAAGGGAAGGGUGGGCAGAGAGGGCACUGCGCGAGCGUGGUCUGGCGCUGGGCCCUGGCUGCGCACCAGCAGGCUACGCCGGUCUCUGGGGGCUUCGCCCAGGAUCCCCGACGGCGGAGAGGGGAAGCCCAGAGCCUCCUGUUUCCCGCCUAGGCGGGCAGGGCGGGGACACGCGGAGCAAAGGCACCCGGCAGCCUGAACCCCCAGGUGGGUCCCGUGACCCUGCAAGGAGCUGCUGGGUGAGCAAGACGGGAAUUCCCGCCCGAUCCUGACGCCCACCCCAUUCUUCCACUCUGU